CCUAUAGUUUUGGAGUUACUUUUGAAUUCUGGUCUUUUCUUACAAACGCCUAUAAAUUCACAUGAAACAUAAACAAAUAAGCAAGUCUUUUAUUUAGAUGGGUCAAAAAAAAAACUUGAUAUAAUUCAGAUGAAGAAGAUCAGUAACACAGAGAAUGACGUACAGCUGCCCCCUGUUGGCUCCAGUUCAGCAGUGUGACAGCAGCUGCUGCUGUCAGUCAGUUUUACUGCAGAGAGUCGCAGCAGUAUGUCCGCAGAGAGCUAGAAAUGUGUGGUGAGUUGAGGGUCGGGUUGGGGUGGCUGGACUAGAAGUUGGAAAACACUUUAUUUGUGUGUAACUUAAAACUGCAGAGGGUGGCAGCCUGCUAGAUAUCUGGAUCCAGACUGACCCAACACAAAGGACUGUAAGCCGAGAACAGCUGCUGGCUCGUUUGACUCUUUUUUUAAGGGUGCUCUCGCCCUCCUGCUCGGACUCCUACAGAUACUAAGACUCAACAGUCCAAGGCCAUGGAGGACUCCAGCACCAAAGACGAAGGUGCUGCUGUGGAUGCAGAGCUCGCCAAAGCCAUCAUGGCUCGGCAGUUCUCACCCUCUCUCAUUGGAACGGAGGCCUGGGAGGGAUACAAAUUUUCUGAUAUGGAGAUCCGCAUCAAAGAGUCCACAGACCUCUAUGGAGCUGUACUCUGGCCCUCGGCGAUGGUGUUGUGUCAUUUCUUAGAGACCAACCGAGACAAAUACAACCUGAUGGACAAAAAUGUGAUUGAACUGGGAGCUGGGACCGGGCUCGUCACCAUCGUAUCCAGCCUCUUAGGUGCCAGGGUGACCUCUACUGACCUACCCGAUGUGUUGGGGAACCUCCGAUACAAUGUUAUGCGCAACACUAAGGACCGAUGCAGGUACAUCCCUGUGGUCACCGAGCUCAUCUGGGGGCAGCAGGAGGUGGAGCAGCGUUUCCCCCGUGCCACACACUCUUUCGACUACAUCCUGGCAGCCGACGUGGUGUACUCCCAUCCUUACCUGGAUGAGCUGAUGGACACCUUCGACUACCUGUGCCAGGAAAACACACAGAUCCUGUGGGCCAUGCGCUUUCGUCUGGACCCAGAAAACAGCUUUGUGGAUCGCUUUCAGCAGCGCUUCCAUAUGGAGCAGCUAUACGACCUCCCUAGUCUGAGUAUCAAACUGUACCGAGCCUGGAGGAAGGACAGGAGGACUAAGGACCAAGGAGAGGCUGCUGCCUGAACACACCAAAAUAAAUAUUCACUGGGACUGAAGGGAAAUGUUUUUAUUUAUUCUGUAAUGUUACAUGUUUACAUGGAUAUCACACAAUAUCAAGCUGUGACACACUUUUUAUAUUAUUUCCAGUAUUAACUGGUGUGAUCUUUGUUUACUAGAGACAAUUCAGUACAAUGUAAUACCAUUUAACAACACCACAAUCUACAAAAAUAACAAAUGACUUUGAUCUCCAACAAAAUCUAGAUGGUCUGUUGCUGUUCUGUUGCUUUACAUUUCACUUAGAUCAUCUGUAAUAAACUGGCAGCUCCAUAUGUCUGGAUACACUAAA